CACUCUCUCGUAUGUAUGUGUUGGCUAGCGCUAGCCGACGUAGCUCUGUAGGCUGUCUUUAGUUUAUAUAACAUUACUGUUAGUCUUGUUUGUCAUAACGUUACGUUUCAAGAUUUAACUUAACUUUAAUUUGCUGUUUAUUGUUUCCAGGGUUGAUCGUUGCUAUGACUGGUGUGUUGCCUCUCAAAAUAGUGUCUAAAAAGCUCAAUAUCGCCCAUGCUCAUUUCUGAACAUAAGUUUCUGCUAAUAUUUUAAAACCCAUCAAUGUUAUGAUCUGCAGACGGUGGGAACGGGGCUUUUCGUUUUUUUUUUUUGUAUUUUACUUGUCUAAUUUUGUAUCUCUAACCGGACACUGAAUGUAUAUUCGCUACCAUAGUGGGCUGAAUCGAAUGGCCUGUUGGUGACAUCAAAAAUGCGAAUGUUAUACCAGCUUUACCGUGUGUUAUAUUCCCAAUGCAAGAGCAGGAAAACAUCGGUGAUCUGCCCACUAGAUUCGUUAUACUGUCAGGGGAACUGACAGUGUGUGAAUGUAGCAGAUGUUUUGAAGCAUAAUCCUCUCCAUGCCUUAUCUGGCUUCCCGAUAAUCAUCAAGCUUGUUUAGAGAAUAGCUUGGCCGAAGUGGUCCACUUAAAACAACUUGGAACCUGAACAUUGAAUUUGAGGGAAAAAAUGCCGCGGUUAACCCAGGUUAAACGACUUUAAUCGGGUUUGAACGUGACAGGGAUGACCUGUUUGUAUUGCCCUGCCGGCUGGAGAAACGAUGGUGUAACAGUCCCCUAGUGUCGCAACGACGCCAUUGCCCUGGCUCGUGCAAUAGUAGUACUAUAAUAAUAUAGUAAUAAUAGUAAGUUCCUGCAAUACCGGAGGCAGAAGAUUAGGCAGGUAUUAGGUAAGGAUGGUUGGGUUUUAAAUAUUAUACUAGGGAUGGUUAAGUUAGAAUUGUUAGGUUAGAAAUGAUUGGGUUGUCAGAGAUUGUUAUGUUUAGGUAUUAGGUUAGAGAUGGUUAUAGUUAAUGCAAGUUAACGUAUUUUAAAAUAUAGAUAAGGGUAACUGGUUGUGUUUCAUCAAGUUUUAAUGAACCACUUCGAUUUUUCGCCAUCCAUGGUAAAAUAAACGAAAUAAAUAAAUAAAUAAAGCAGUCUUUGAGUGGGGUCCUGAAAUGGCAGCCUUCGGUAUGUAAGAACGUACUAGUCGGCUCGUGUGGGGUUUCAAUGUUUGUCUCUUAGGUUAAAUGUACAAAUGGACCCUGCAUUGCUGAAGGAAAAAUAGGAAAGUUAGUAUAACGUUUCGGUCUCCGAUAAGGAAAGGUAAAACGUAUAGAUGCUGGAGUGAGACCAGUGUCUCACUCAGUGCUAUUUGCGGACGAAAAAUAGGUAUGAUCUGAAAGAAAAAAAUGGCCACAUCAACCAUAUAAUUUGCAGAGGCACAAUGCAAUCGGAAGAAGGAGAAUAAGGUAUCUGUCAAUGAGCUAUAUCAUUUGCAGACGGCCAAUGAGGUCGGGCACUCUACGUCAGCGGAUGUGCUCAGUUCGUGCAUGCAUGCAUGCCCACAUUGCCCCGCCGAGCACGCGGCCAUUCAUAUUUGAAGGUACCAGUGACUCUGAAUGGCAAGGGGCGCCCUCUCUUUUUUUCACGCCUCCUUGUAUAUUUUUUGUUGUCAGAAUCGGAGACCAGCCUUUGCAGUUGAGGAUGCGUAGGAACAGCGAAUGAGUUUGGCACAAUGGAGUCUGUGAAAUAAUGCAGAAGUUGGCAAGUAAUGAGCGAGGAUGCUGAACCUGCUGGCAAGCCCGCUUUGUUCGGAGGAGCACAAGCCUUCUGCGCCGCUGUCAUUCCGCAGCUCGUCCCCUGCUGCUUUGUCUUUAGUUUGCCCGGUGAUCCUGACUGUGAGCAGCAUCGUGGCUCGUCCGUUCCGGACCAUCCCGACCCACAGCAGCAUCCCGCCAGCGGCAUGAGUGCGUACGGAGCGGGCGCGUCCGCGUUCGGUGCGGCCGGCGGUGGCGGCGGCGGCGCUGCCGAUCACUACAGGGAGCACCAGCGGCGGCGCUCCGGCGACCGCUCCCGGGACUCCUCCCACGAGCGCGGAGAGUGCCAGCUCACGCCCUGCAUCAGGAACGUCACCUCGCCGACGCGGCAGCACGACCGCGAGCGCGGCGACGGGGGCUCCUCCUCGAGGUCGUCCAGCCCCCGGCCCCCCAGGGCCCAGCUGCCCUUCUCCCCCAUCGGAGGAGCCCUGAUGGGCGUGCUGCCCCACCCCAAACCCCUGGGCGUGUCCCUCGCCCACGGGCCCUGCGACAUGAUCUACGUGUACGACGUGGGCCCCAAGGAGGGUCCGCGCGGCGUGCUGCGAGCCGGAGAGAGGGUCACGCUCAUCGUGGACAACACCCGAUUCGUGGUGGACCCCGCCAUCUUCACGGCCCAGCCCAACACCAUGCUGGGCAGGAUGUUUGGUUCUGGGCGAGAUCACAACUUCACACGACCCAAUGAGAAAGGAGAGUUUGAGGUUGCGGAUGGAAUCAGCUCCACAGUCUUCAGGGCUAUACUGGAUUACUACAAGUCUGGGAUAAUCCGCUGCCCGGAUGGCGUCUCCAUUCCCGAGCUGAGGGAGGCGUGUGACUACCUCUGCAUCUCCUUCAACUACAGCACCAUCAAGUGCAGAGACCUCAGCGCCCUGAUGCACGAGCUGUCCAACGACGGGGCGCGGCGUCAGUUCGAGUGCUACCUGGAGGAGAUGGUGCUGCCGCUGAUGGUGGCCAGCGCUCAGAGCGGCGAGCGCGAGUGUCACGUGGUGGUGCUCACGGACGACGACGUGGUGGACUGGGACGAGGAGUACCCGCCCCAGAUGGGAGAGGAGUACUCUCAGAUCAUCUACAGCACCAAGCUGUACCGCUUCUUCAAGUACAUCGAGAACCGCGAUGUGGCCAAGUCUGUGCUCAAGGACAGGGGCCUGAAGAAGAUCCGGCUGGGCAUAGAAGGCUACCCGACCUACAAGGAGAAGGUGAAGCGGCGGCCCGGGGGUCGCCCGGAGGUCAUCUACAACUACGUCCAGCGGCCCUUCAUCCGCAUGUCCUGGGAGAAGGAGGAGGGCAAGAGCCGCCACGUGGACUUCCAGUGCGUCAAGUCCAAGUCCACCACCAACCUGGCGGCCGCGGCCGCCGACAUCCCCCAGGACCAGCUGGUGGUCCUGCAGCCCUCCGGGCCCCCGGUGGACGAGCUGGACACCCUGCCGGGGCACCACCCCCCCCUGCCCCCACCGCUGCCCCCCCCGGGCUCUGAAAGCCUCUACCUCCACCAGCGGGUGCCGGGCCACGACGCGGUCUCGGUGGGCCUCCAGCCCCCGGCCUCGCUGCUCCAACCCGCCAGCCCAGAGGGCGGAGGAGCCGCGGCCGCCCACCCCCCGGUGCACGCUCACGACAUGGGCAGCCACCACCACCACCAGCCCCCGGCUGCAGAUGGCCCCGGCCUGCUGCCACACCCCCUGGCUAGCAGUAGCCAACAGCAGCAGCAACAACAACACAGCCCCAACCCCCCCUCUCAGUCGGCCUACCACUAUGAGCCAGACCCUGACUCUCCGUCACCCUCUGCAUGAAACGGACUACCCCCCCAACGACCACGCCCCACCCCCAUGUCCCCCCAUUGCGCCUGGCCAUCGGCCCUUUUGCCUUCUCUUGCACACAUGCGACCUCAAAGCAGAAAGACUGUUGAGAGGAAUUAGCACUUGACACACGCCGCCGCCGACGGAUCAAAGCACAGUACGCACAUGGAAAACCCCCACCCUAUGUUUUAUUUGUGCCGACUUUUUUUACCGACCAAAGGAGAUGUUUUUGGCAGCAUUGUUUGUACGUCCACAUCGGAAGGAGAAAGUUCCUCAGAUUAGGAUUCGAUAUUACCUGGGAUAUGCGUCUGCAUGUAAGUAGUACUUCGGAAUUAGGAUGCUGUGAUACUCUGGAUAUGCGUCUGCAUGUCGGUAGAUGGGGUGGAUACGCAACACCGUACCUUACACUGAGGUGAUCACUAUGCUGUUCGACAGUUCGCUGAAUGGGAUGGUUCACUUUUCUAUUCCAAGUUUUCGACACAUGGCCACCCUUCUAGACGGCUUUGAUUGGCCUACAUCCCAGAAACUCAUGUUGGCUUGUUUUCCAAAUGCUUUUUUAUGCUCACCCCAAGAGAUAAUGUAGUUAUUUAAUUCACUGAAACAUAAAUCAGCCUUAUGUUUGGGGACAUACAGACAGAUACACACAUUGUAGUAGUAAAAUGCUGUUUACACCUGGGUCACAACAAGACUACCAAUUAGUUCUCCAUAGUGUCCCGUAGAACUCGGGAGCGCCUCAACAUGGUGUGACGUAUCUAGCUAGGAUAUCAACAUGUUUCAUUGUACUGACAAGCUGAGAGGGUAUUGAGUAUAAUCCCUAGUUCCUAGACAGGUAAAAAGCCAAAUUAAUGUUUGUGGUGAAAAAUUUGAAGCCAUGUGCUCAUGAAAGGAGCAAACAAUAUAGAUGUGAAUAAUUUGCUGCUAUCGUACUCAUGAAAUAAAAUUAGUGAUUCUAUGUUUGAUCCUUCUCUUAAAAUAAUAGCGUUCAAAAAAACAGUACACUAACUGGCUCAACGACAGAAACCUAUUUUUAUUUGAAAAAUAUUUGACAGCAGAUACAUUACACAUCAUACUUAUAUAUAUAUAUAUAUUUGCAUAAAGUAUACUCUCAACAAAUUUAAAGAUCUGAUACAUUACUGUGGGGUGGGAAAGAGGCAGUAUAUUAACAAGGGUAAAUCUUGUUGGUUGUGUGUAGUGUGAAAGCAUUGCGAGAGAACUGUUCAGAGACAAGGAGAUACAGCAUCACCAGCAAGUGUGUGAGGACGCCGGCAACAAUCACCUUUUGAACAUUAUACAUACCCCGUUCAAACUCCUUCAGUCAAUACUUCUCUAACCUGGUUAAGAAGCAAUUGUUGAAACACAUUUUUGAUUCAAGAAUAAAACCACUUAAGUCUGUUCAGUUACAUCGUUGCAAGGUGAAAAAGAUGGUAAUGAUUUUUGUCCAACAAAAACUGUUUUUUGACCGGUACUUGUAGCAUUGUAUACCAUUUAUAAGAGGUAGAAAAACUGUACAAUAUUACAACAAUAUCGAUUGAAAUCAAAUUAAGUGAAAACAUUGAAAUCAUUUUAUUCAAUAACUCACUGGUUAAAUUCACGUCAUCUUGAAGUUAAUAUUUGAGUGACCUUUGAGGAAAUUUGACAUGGCAAAUUUGUCCUUUUCUACCACCAUGGAUACCAAUCUGAUGAGACAGAAGUGAAAAAGGCAUGCGGGUUUCAUUUGACCCUAAAUGGAGCUUCGGCCUCAGUCCUGUUCUAUAUGGGAUGGAUUCUAAGUGACUACCUUUGAUAGUCAUGCAGGGGGAUUAGAACAUAGAACAUCGCUGAGUAGGAACAUAGAGAUUCUGAUUUAACUCUAGAUAUUCUGAGCAUAUGGUUAUAUUGGCAAAUACAAAUCUACAAUUUGAAAAGGGAACACAGAAAUUAAGAAAUAUUUUCAGAUGCUCAUAAAUGUCCCUUCUGAUUUAUGAUUCUCGUGGGAUUAUAAUUUACCAACAAAUAAGAUCACUAAAAGAGGUAUCAUGUUCAGGUUAAAUUUUUUAACAUUUUGACUAGUAAUCUUAACUUCCAAAUAAACACAUUUUCAACCUGGCCAAGGCAUACAAGCUGUUAGAAAUUGCCUUUCAUUUAAAAAAAACAACGUAAUCAGUUAGGAAGAACAAUCUGUUCCAAGGAUGAUCUCUUCAUCCUUGUUCCCUUCCCACGAGAACAACUGUUAGGGAUACUCAGUUUAGUAAUACUUCUGUUGAAUGAAGGUCUGUGUUCCAAAGGAGUGGCCCUUUUUUGACCCUGCUUAUUAUGACACAUGUUGCUUAGUUUGUCUGACCAAAAUAGUCCAAAUCCUUUUCUUAAAUGCACAGAUACCCUGUUGUCAAGGGAUGGCGUUGUUUAAUACAAGCACAGUAAAAACCUUGACAGUAAUGAUGCAGGUUUUUGCCAGGUAUGAAAAUACAGCACUUUGGCAAUUUACACAAUGCCACUCAUAACUCUGAUAUUGUAUUUCCAAUCGAUCAGUAUCCACCUUUCCUGUGUCACUUAUUGACUCAUUAUAAGGGCUUCGCAAGAACAAAGUAGGUCAUCUGGAAAUAGUAUUACUGACUAGCUUAGGAUAGCAUCAAGAUAAAGAAUACAACAGGUAGCAUUAGGUAGGUAGUAGUUAAUAUGGCAUCGGACUCCAAACAAACCUUGACAGUUUCAUUGAUAAAAACAAAACGGCAGCAGAGGGCUCUU